CUCUCUCUCGUUCUCUGGUGCUGUAUCGAUUAGCUGCUUGUACUACCAAACUAUCCAGGACGAAAAUAUAAAAAGGGCGUCGGUUAUGGAGUUUGUACCAGGACCCGCGGUCCACCGUGUAUUGUGCGCUGAUUGCGGUACUCCCAUCGUACCAAAUUCGGCCAAUCUUUGUGUUGCAUGCCUGCGAAAUACCGUCGAUAUUACUGAAGGCAUCCCAAAACAAGCCUCUAUCUCGUACUGCCGAAAUUGUGAACGCCAUCUCGCACCUCCAGCCCAAUGGGUUAUCGCACGGCCUGAAUCGCAAGAACUCCUUGCUAUUUGUCUCAAAAAGCUCAAGGGUCUUAGCAAGGUCCGAUUAACCGAAGCACACUUCAUCUGGACAGAGCCUCACUCGAAACGACUACGUGUAUCAUUAACUAUCCAAAAAGAGGUCCUGACAAACACGAUCCUCGAACAAAUCUUCGAAAUCGAGUACCUCGUCCAGUACGGCCAAUGUCCCGACUGCACGAAGCUCGCAGCGAAGAACACCUGGAAGGCGCUCGUUCAGGUCCGACAGAAAGUCCCUCACAAACGGACGUUCUUGUACCUCGAACAGCUCAUCCUGAAGCACGGAGCACAAAAGGAUACGAUUUCGGUGAAGGAGGUGAAGGAUGGGCUGGAUUUCUACUAUAGUCAGCGGAGUCAUGCGUUGAAGAUGGUCGAGUUCCUGGGUAGCGUUGUUCCCAUCCGAACUAAGUCGUCCGAACGCCUCCUCUCCACAGACACGCACACCAGCACCGCCAACUACAAAUUCACCUACUCCGUCGAAAUUGUCCCCAUCUGCAAAGAUGAUCUCGUCUGCAUCCCUCUCAAACAAGCCCGUCAAAUGGGCAACAUCAACCCUCUCACCAUCUGCACCCGCGUGGGCAAUUCCCUUCACGUCAUCGACCCUAACACCCUCCAAUCUUCCGAAAUCACGUCGCCCGUAUACUGGCGCACACCGUUCGACAGCCUCGCCGGCAUCAGUGAGCUGAAGGAGUUCACGGUGCUGGAUGUGGAACCGAUGCAUGGUGCCGGAGCUGUGAAGGGGAAAUGGGUUUUGGCGGAUGCGCAGGUGGCGUUGAGUGGGGCAUUCAAGAGUACCGGGACUUAUGAGGACGACGGGAUGAUGGACUAUGAGACUUCCGCCUCGGCGAACCAGAUCUUUCAUACUCGGACUCAUCUUGGUGCGAUUUUGCAACCUGGUGAUAGCGUCAUGGGUUAUUUCCUCAGCCACACGAAUUUCAACUCCGAAGAGUUCACCAAACUGCCGCAGGAUCGCAUUCCGGAUAUCAUAUUGGUGAAGAAGGCGUAUCCGAACAGGAGGAAGAAGACGAAGACGAGGAACUGGAAAUUGAGGAGUAUUGGGAAGGAGGCCGGAGAGGAGGGCGAGACGGGCGGCGGUAGGGGUGUUAUCGGACGUAUGGGUGGGAGAGAUCAGAAGAAGGUCGAGCAAGACUAUGAGCUGUUCUUGAGGGACCUAGAGGAGGAUCCUGAGAUGAGGAGCGCGGUGAACUUGUACAAGGCGGAGCAAGCGAUGAAGACGGGCAAAGAGGGGAGUGGCCUGGCUGGAGGGAAGUCGAGGAAGAAGGCGCAGUUCGCGAUGGAGGUGGACAGUGGUGGGGAUGCGCAGAUGGGCGAGGGCGAGGGGAUGGAGCAGGAUGAGAGCGGACCGGUCGAGGCUGCGGCUGGUGGCGAGGAGACGGACGAUGAUGUGGAGGAGGAGCCUGACUUCCCGGAGGUGAAAUUGGACGAGCUGUUGGACCACUUCGACGAGUUGACCCUUGGAGAUGAUGUUCACGAAGAGGAGUAAAUGUUUUGUGUAUUUUCUCCCCUUUCCCUCGUUGUAUCCCUCGUGUUUCGCAAAGAUCUGACAAUCAUUUCCGCGCUGUGGGUCGGCAGCAAUUCUCUAUUUGAACAUUGAGGCCUCAUUUCGCA